AGAACAAGGAAAAUAAAAAAAAGAGCCUAUAGCAGCGUCACCUCGUACAAUGGCUCGACUCACUUUCUUGCUUCCGAAGCACUUUCUUCUUCUUUUUAUUGGCACCGGUGAGCGCGUCCCGACUAAUCCCGUGGAGAGCAACAAGCAUUUUCUUCCUUCCAAGAACAAGAAGUUUGCCACAUCGGUGAGCGCAACUUGUAUAAAUCUUUAUUAAAACGCUAGGGUUUUAUUUGGCUUCAAGAUUAAUGGGCGAAGAAACAAGACCGAAUGGUACUAAUCCGAGAACUUCCGCACCACCGACGAUUGGCUCGUCGGUGAUCCCGAUCGUCAACAAGCUCCAAGACAUUCUAGCGCCGGUGGGGAGCGAACUGUCCAAUAUUUCGCUCCCACAUGUGGCCGUGGUGGGCAGUCAGAGCAGCGGCAAGUCCAGCGUACUCGAGGCGCUGGUUGGCCGUGACUUCCUUCCUCGCGGCUGCGACAUUUGCACCCGCCGACCCCUAAUACUGAUGCUCGAGAAUUCCCAGCCGAAACCGGGUGACCACGAUGGCAGGGUCGAGUGGGGCGAGUUCCGUCACAUGCCCGGCCGGCGCUUCGACGAUUUCUCCAAGAUUCGUCAAGAAAUACAGACCGAGACUGAAAGGGAAGCAGGAUAUAACAAAGGGGUUUCGGAUAAACAAAUUGGCCUAAAAAUUUUCUCUCCGAAUGUACUUAAUAUGACCCUCGUUGAUCUACCCGGUAUUACCAAAGUUCCCGUGGGAGAUCAACCUAGUGACAUUGAAGCGAGGAUUAGGAAGAUGAUAAUGGCACACAUCAGCCAAGAAAACUGUAUCAUAUUGGCUGUUAGUCCCGCAAAUUCUGAUUUGGCAACUUCUGAUGCGCUUCAGAUGGCAAGAGAAGCUGAUCCAACCGGUUCUAGGACUAUUGGUGUAAUCACCAAGCUUGAUAUAAUGGAUAGGGGUACUGAUGCCCGAAACUUUCUGCUCGGAAAAGUUGUCCCACUUCACCUUGGUUAUGUUGGUGUUGUGAAUCGCAGCCAAGAGGACAUUAAUAAAAACCGAAGCAUUGCAGAAGCUCUUGCAUACGAGGAGAGAUUCUUCCGUGAUCAUCCUGUAUAUUGUGGUCUAUCAAAUCAUUGCGGCAUUCCGCAGUUAGCUUCCUUGCUGAAUCAGAUUCUGGAACAGCAUAUCCAAAUGGUUCUCCCAGGUUUAAAGGCUGAGCUCAAUUCCCAUAUGGGUGGUAUCGUUAAAGAGCUGCGAACAUAUGGAGACGCCAUGGAAUCUAAAGGGGAGCAAGGAGUGAUUCUGUUGGACAUUUUGUCAAAAUAUUGUGAAGUCUUUUCUGCCAUGGUGGAUGGGAAAAGCAACGAAAUGUCAACCAAAGAAUUGUCAGGCGGAGCCAGGAUUCACUACAUUUUUCAGUCUAUUUUUGUACAGAGUUUGGAGGAAGUGGACCCUUGUGAAGAUCUGAAUGAUGAUGAUAUCCGAACAGCUGUUCAAAAUGCCACUGGUCUGAGAAAUACUUUAUUUUUGCCAGAAGUUCCAUUUGAAGUUUUGGUUAGACGACAAAUUGCUCGGCUGCUAGACCCUAGCCUUCAGUGUCUACGGUUUGUUUACGAUGAACUGAUGAAGAUGAGCCGUGCUUGUGGGGUAGCUGAGUUGCAAAGGUUUCCAUUCUUAAGAAGACGUAUGGACGAAGUCAUGGGAAAGUUCUUGCGUGAUGGUGUAAAACCUGCUGAGAGAAUGAUAGAAAAUCUUAUUGAGACGGAGAUGGAUUAUAUAAAUUCUUCAAAUCCUAAGUUUAUAGGCGGGAGCAAAGCUAUUGAGCUUGCUAAGCAGCAGUUGAAAUUAGCACAGGGAAAUCAUCCUUCCUCGAAUAAUGAGAGACCUGUAUCAUCUGGAAAAAAAAGUUACAUGAGCAGUAACAUUAAUAAGGCAGGAGGUAACACAGCCUUGGGGACUUGGGGAAUUUCAUCAAUAUUUGGCAGCAGGGCAAAAUCUGGAGAGGUGCAAGCUAGCCAAUCUGUUGGCGAAACUGUUCCGUUUGUGGAGCAGAUACCUUCUACAAUCCAGUUGAGAGAGCCACCAUCCAUGCUAAGGCCACUUGAAACGACAGAGCAUGAUGCAGAGAUAAUAAUUGCAACAAAAUUACUCUUGGGGUCUUACUAUGACAUUGUUAGAAAGAACAUCCAAGACUUAGUUCCAAAGUCUAUAAUGCACUUUCUGGUUAAUUAUACAAAAAGGGACCUUCAUUUCGUCUUUAUACAAAAACUGUACAAAGAGAACCUUUUUGACGAGCUAUUGCAGGAGCAUGAUGAAGUUGUUGUAAAAAGAAAACAGAUCCGAGAAAUGUACAAUGUUUUGCUACAAGCCAUUCAGACACUUGAGGAGGUUGAGCUCUCCCAUAAUUCAAACUUAAGAUCAGGCACUGAAGCUGCCACCAGAUUGCCAACAACCCCUGACUUUUCAUCCCAUGUACGCUCAACAAAUUGUGGUGAGAACAGGUCAUCUGACGCAUCGUCAUUUACUAAUUCCAGAGCUCGUAGAUUAUUUCAUUCAGAAGGGGAGGCAUUGCCUGUCAAGUCAAAUGGACUGUAACUAUCAAGCACGUGGUAGGGCUGUAUUCUAAUUCAGAAAAUGCAAUUGAGAUUUGCUACGGUCCAAACUUUGUACGGUGCUCUUGUUUCCAUAUAGAAAUUUAGCUAGGGUUCAAACUUUGCUGCUUCAA